UCUUUGCUGUUCACUUGAACCCUCUUCUUCUCUUUGCUUGGACGCUGGAAAGGAGCGGGGACAUUUGAACAUUACAUUGUGUACACCAAGGGAAGCGGCACUUGGAUCAUGGGAUACCUGGCGUAUUGUGGUUGUGCCGAAUCAUGGAGUGGAGUGUGCUGGUUUUGAUGAUAUCCACGUUUGGGAUCAAGGAGUUUGGAAUUUUCUGUAUAGUUUUCCUUUGUCAAGUCUAUGUGUGCAUGGGGUUAAUGAUGCUUGUACGGGCUAUAUCAUAUAUAUUGAUGGCCAGAUCGACUGGACGAUCGGCCAAUGAAGGACUGGUUCCCUCAUACAUGCCAAAUAUUUUAUUAUACAAGGGCGCACACACCGGCCUCCCACAUUAGUUAUAUAAAGUCAACUUAACAAUAUAAUCCAUUUAUCUAUCAACCGACGUUUUCUGGGCUCAUGCUGUA